GAGAGAGGCAGGAAGAGGCAGUUCCUGGCUGGUGGACGGCAUCUGAGCAGGUGUCAGGAUGCUGGGCUGGGUCCAGAGGGUGCUGCCUCAGACCCCAGGGACACCAGCGAAGACCAAGAGAGAAGAGGAGGAGGGGGCAGAACCAGAGCCAGAGUUGGAGCCGGAGCCUGAAACAGCCCCUGAGGAGACUGAGCUAUUGGAAGAGUCCCGGCCACCUGAGGAGGCCUGCGUGGGGAAGGAAGUGGCUGAGGCUGAUCCGGGCCCUCAGGAAACCCAGGAGGCUGCCCCUUCUCCGCCCACAUCCCUCCAGGCUCAGGUCGCUGUGGUUCCGGAAGCGAACAGUGGUCCCAGCAGCCGGGUGCUGACCUGGCUCAGAAAGGGUGUGGAGAAGGUAGUUCCACAGCCCGUCCACAGUGGCAGGCCUGCCCAGAGCACCGCUGCUGGCUUGGAGGGUCCAGCUCAGCAGGCAGGAGGACAGAUCCUUGGGCACUGCAGCACUGGGGGCUCAGAUGGACACAGUGAGGCCCCCAGGGCCCAAGACACCGGGCCCGGGCCCUGGCUGCUCAGGUGGCUUGAGCAGAAUCUGGAGAAAAUGCUGCCUCAGCCUCCGAAAACCUCUGAGGGCUGCAGAGAUGAGCCUGCAGAUGCUACCUUGGGUCCAGAUCCCCCAGGACCCCCGUUGGAAAUGGAGCCCGUUGCGCAGGCCCAGGAGAGCCCCUCCCUGCCUGCUGCUGCCCCCCUGAAGCCUGAGGAGGAGCCGACUCCAGAGCCCCAGCCCGGCAUCCAGGCCGCCUCCCUGCCGCCCACCCAGGACUCUGCCAGGUUGAUGGCAUGGCUCCUGCACAGGCUGGAGAUGGCCCUGCCACAGCCAGUGAUCCGUGGGAAGGCUGGGGAGCAGGAGCCUGACUCCCCUGUGACAUGUGACGUGCAGAGCAUCAGCAUCCUCCCGGGAGAGCAAGAGGAGCCCAGUCUCAUCCUGGAAGAUGCUGACCCUCACUGGGAGGAGUAUGAGUACCAGGAGGUCAGCAGCCCACGGGGCUCAGAGGCAGCUCCAGCUGAUGAAGAGGAGAGCGAGGUGGUGGAGCAGAUGCCCAGGGAGCUGCCUCAGAUUCAAGAGGAGAAAGAAGACGAGGAGGAGGAGGACAGAGAAGAGGAGGAACCUGGUGUCCUGCUGGAUAGCUGUCUGGUGGCACACGGAGGCGAGGACCAGAGUGAAGCAGGCGGAACUGAGCACCAGAGCGCCUCACACCAGGAGCUGCAGGAGGAGGCCGUGGCCACCAGCUCAGGAGUACCUGCCACAGAAGAGCACCCGGAAGUGCAGGUGGAAGACGCUGCUGCCGAUGGCCAGCCCCUCAGCGAGGAGAAUCCACCCUCUCCCGGGCCGCUGCCCCCGUCUCCUGCCGAAUCCGACACACUUCGCGUCCCAGGAUCAGCCACGGGGAGCCUCAGGAAGAGGCUGUGCUCCCAAGAUGAUGAGGCUGAAGAGCUCAAGAUGCUGUCACCGGCUGUAUCGCCCGUGGUCGCUUGUUCGGACCCCACCAGCCCGCAGGGCACUGAUGACCAGGACCGCACAGCCUCCACAGACAGCCAGACCAGUGCCCUCAUCAACAACCGGCUCCAGGAGCUGGUGAAGCUUUUCAAGGAGCGGACGGAGCAGGUGAAGGAGAAGCUCAUCGACCCUGAUGUCACCUCUGAUGAAGAGAGCCCCAAGCCCUCCCCAGCCAAGAAAGCCCCAGAGCCGGCCCUGGAUGUGAAGCCAGCUGAAGCGGGGCAGGUGGAGGAGGAACACUAUUGUGAAAUGCUCUGCUGCAAGUUCAAACGCCACCCCUGGAAGAGGUACCAGUUUCCCCAGAGCAUCGACCCGCUGACCAACCUGAUGUACAUCCUGUGGCUGUUCUUCGUGGUGCUGGCCUGGAACUGGAACUGUUGGCUGAUUCCCGUGCGCUGGGCCUUCCCCUACCAGAUGCCGGACAACAUCCACCUCUGGCUGCUGGUGGAUUACCUGUGUGACCUCAUCUACCUCCUGGACAUCACCGUGUUCCAGCUGCGUCUGCAGUUUGUCAGAGGCGGGGACAUCAUUACAGACAAAAAGGAGAUGCGCAACAAUUAUCUGAAAUCUCAGCGCUUUAAGAUGGAUAUGCUCUGCCUCUUGCCCUUGGACUUUCUCUACUUGAAAUUCGGUGUGAAUCCCCUCCUGCGCUUGCCCCGCUGUUUGAAGUACAUGGCCUUCUUCGAGUUUAACAACCGCCUGGAAGCCAUCCUCAGCAAAGCCUACAUUUACAGGGUUAUCAGGACCACAGCCUACCUGCUCUACAGUCUACAUGUGAACUCAUGUCUGUAUUACUGGGCUUCAGCCUAUGAGGGCCUUGGCUCCACUCACUGGGUUCAUGAUGGCGUGGGAAACAGUUACAUUCGCUGUUACUACUGGGCUGUGAAGACCCUCAUCACCAUCGGUGGCCUGCCCGACCCCAAGACGCUCUUUGAAAUUGUCUUCCAGGGUCUGAACUAUUUCACAGGUGUCUUCACUUUCUCCGUGAUGAUCGGACAGAUGAGAGACGUGGUGGGGGCCGCUACUGCGGGAAAGACCUACUACCGCAGCUGUAUGGACAGCACGGUGAAAUACAUGAACUUCUACAAGAUCCCCAGGUCCGUGCAGAACCGGGUCAAGACCUGGUAUGAGUACACCUGGCACUCCCAAGGCAUGCUGGACGAGUCAGAGCUGAUGGUGCAGCUUCCAGAUAAGAUGCGGCUGGACCUCGCCAUUGAUGUGAACUAUGACAUCGUCAGCAAAGUGGAACUCUUCCAGGGCUGUGACCGGCAGAUGAUCUUCGACAUGCUGAAGAGGCUCCGCUCUGUUGUCUACCUGCCCAACGACUACGUGUGCAAGAAGGGGGAGAUAGGCCGGGAGAUGUACAUCAUCCAGGCGGGGCAGGUGCAGGUCUUGGGUGGCCCGGAUGGGAAGUCCGUACUGGUGACGCUGAAAGCUGGAUCUGUGUUUGGAGAAAUAAGCUUGCUGGCUGUUGGGGGCGGGAACCGGCGCACAGCUAACGUGAUAGCCCACGGGUUUACCAACCUCUUCAUUCUGGAUAAGAAGGACCUGAAUGACAUUUUGGUGCAUUAUCCUGAGUCUCAAAAGUUGCUCCGGAAGAAGGCCAGGAGAAUGCUGAGAAAUAGCAACAAGCCCAAGGAGCAGAGCGUACUCAUCCUUCCUCCACGUCCAGGCACCCCCAAGCUCUUCAGUGCCGCCCUGCCUGCAUCAGGAAAGAUGGGUGCCAAGGGGGCCAAAGAUGGCAAGCUUGCCCACCUCAGGGCACGACUCAAGGAGCUGGCUGCACUGGAGGCAGCUGCAAGACAGCAGCCGGUCCUGGAACAGGCCAAGAGUUCGGAAGAUGCAGCGGGAGAAACGGGAUCAGCUACCCCAAAACAGCCCGCGGCCCCGGAGACCCCGGCCCCAGGCUCUCCGCCACCUGCAUCCCAGGGGAGGCCCGAGGGAGAAGAGGGGGGUGCGGCCUGGCCCGAGGAGCACUCCGUGUGGAUCCACAUGAGCCCAGGCCCGGACCCCGGGGAACAGAUCCUGUUGGUGGAGAUCCCCGAGAAGGAGGAGGAGGAGGAGGAGGAAGAGGAGGAGGGGGAGGGGGAGGAG